AUGUUCACCAGAAGCCGUGGCCCAGGAAACCAAACUCCCAAUCAAAGCAAACAGAAUUACGGAGCUGGUCGUGGAACAAUGUUGAAUCCUUCUUACUCUGCUCAAAAUAACACCUACAUUCAACAGGGUAACUAUCAACAAAAUGCCGCUCAAAAGACACCUGGAAAUUCGACCAAUCAACAAUUCAAGGGUGCUGCGCCUCAACAGCAACAGCAACAGCAACAGCAGCAGCCACAACAACAGCAACAACUAAGACAGCAGCAACAGCAACAGCAACAACCCCAACAACAGCAACCGAAUGUUCAACCAGGACAAAAUCAAGCAAACCAACAGCAAGUUAGUCAGCCUCAACGCUUGAAGCCGAUUCUUAAACAAACUCCUCAACCUGCACCAGCUGCUCCAGUUGCUCCAGUUCAAAUACCUGCACUGGGUGACCCAGAAACUGAAAAUAAUGAAAUGAAUGAUGAACCCAUGCCUCAACAAACUGCCGAUCAACCUAAAUGGAAACGCAUUAAAGUUCCUGGUGUUAAAGUCAACAGAAAAUUGAAGCGCUUACGUAUGAAUCAGCGUUUGAGGAAAACUUUGAUGCCCAAGAAUGCGAUUAUGGUAUUGAAUGAAAUGAAAGCUGGUGUUAAAUUUCAUCUUGUAGAAAAUAAUACCGUACCAACUUCAAUGUUCCUUGUUCAUGCGGAGUUGGAAGGUAAAACUUACGUCGGACAGGGUCUUUCAAAACCAUUAGCACGUCAGAAUGCUGCUGAAAAUGCAUUAAAAAGCUUGCUUCUUGAAAAAAUGAAUGCCGCAGCUAAAAAAAUUAAAUUUGAUGAUGCUACCGAUGGAAAAGAAUCUGUUGCUAGUAGCCAAGAGAUUCAAAAUGAUGAGCAACCCCCAGCUGAUGAUUCUUCCGUGAGUGGUGUAACGCCCAUGGAAAUCUCCGGAAACGAAGAAUCUGAUGAUAUUCCAUGGAGUUCAUUAGCCAGCUUUGCUUUGUACAAAUUAUUUGUUGAAUGGCAAAAUCAAGGUUCUGUCGUACCUAUACCACGACCUGGAUUACAACAACCAGUUAAAACCAAGUCUGAGCCGAAACCUUCACUGGAAAAAAAACUUCCAGCAAACGCAGAAACAAUUCAUCCGGUGAUGUUACUUAAUCAAAUGAGACCAGGCACAGUUUAUACCGAAAUAAACCGGCGUGGGAAUCCUCCUAAUACAUAUUUCACUCUAGCCGUUGACAUUGACGGGACAUCUUACAGUGGUGAAGCUAAAAACAAAAAAGAUGCUAAGAAAGCCGCAGCAAAAGCUGCUCUUAAAGGACUUUUUGGUUUGGAAUAUCCUACUGAAACUGAAGAGUCUAACCAGACGCUAAUUCAAGACACUCCUCAAUAA